CUCAGAGCAAGUGGCAGCAUAAGGUCGUUUCCUCCUUUGUACCUUUUCACAUAUUACCGGGACACCCUACUGCUGAGAUAAACAUUCUCUCAUUCAGGCUGCGCAGAUGAUGCAAGAUACUCUGGUGCGAGUGUUUGUGGUGGCUGCAGGUCUUCUGUUGUGUCCCCGGGAUAAUCCUGGGGUUGAGGAAUGGGACGAUGCCGUCGACGAGGAUUUGCAAAAGCACGAGCAGAUGCUGCUGGAAGGGGAAGAGAAAUUUGUCCAACCAUCGGCACGAGUCAGUUACAAAAUAAAAGAACCGCAAGGUGACAUAAAUAAAAAUCCAGAGCAACAGAAUCAGUCCAAUCAACAUGACAAAGAUGAACCAUUGGACACAGAUGUGGCUGUUGCUGAAAGAGGAACUUUUGAUCCCAAAUUACCAGUGGGACACAUGACAAGUAAAUCUGCUGCCGUGAAUCUGACUGAAAAUCUUGACAAUCAGGAGGGAGAAGAUUUUAGUAGUGGGAGCUCAGAACAAGAUAGUCUGCAGGGACAUUAUGAGAGGUCAGAAGGAGCAACGAUCCACCCAGAAGAUCGAGACUCACCUGCCUCACAUGUCUACAGCAAGACAGAAAACGAAACCUCAGAGAAAGGUAUUGCAGAAUGGGAAAGCGAUUAUCUCUGGUACAUCUGGAACACAUUUUCCAUCAUUUCCAUAAUGCGCUUCGUCAGGAAAUACCUGAAGAGAAAUCUCCAAACAGAUCAGGAAGAGACCAGGAUCUCCCCUCGCAGAUCUCCUAAAGUGUCGCUGCCUGACGUUGAAACUCUGCAGAGCUUUUAUGCUCAAUGUGUUCAGGCCUCAGCUGAGAAAAUGUUGAGGGAGAAGGUUUUUUUGGAAGGAUUCGCAAAUGACCUCUUGGAGGCCAUGAGGACGGUUUGUGAAAACAACGGCAGCAUGUUGAUUGAGGACUUUCAGAUGGUGAAAGAGCGAGACGUCAUUGUUCAUUUUGCUCCAUGCAAACCAUAUAGCGUCCGCUGCCUGCUUUGGAACAACCCGGCGAGUGAUCCGCUGCUGGACACGCAAGUCUGCGGUCAGAUAAAACUCCUGAAAGAAGAGAAAGUACCAAACGGCUGCCCCUGCCAGUCCGCCGAUGCAGACGACAUGGUUUGCCUGGUACAUUCAGAGAGCGACAAAGCAAAAACAAAAGUGGCUGAUGCUUUCAAUGGACCUCUGUGCAGCAAGAACACUCCUUUUCUGUCAAAAUCGAAGAUCACCCGGUGGUUUCAGAACACAGUCAAACAAGCCUGGACACAGAUCUCACAUAAAUACGAGUUUGAGCUCAGCAUCAGCUACGCUGAGGCUCCAGGCGCUCUGGUGGUUCGCUUCAAGUCAGGGAAGAAGAUCAACUUCAGUUUGAAGCCGGUGGUUAAGUUCAACACAGAAGCUCAUUUCUGCAUCACACCCUGGUCCUCCAGUGAUGUGGACACUUUCUGGGCGCUGUCGCUCUCCGUCUACGAAGACCGCCUCCUGGAACAUCUCUCCAAACGCCUCCCUGUGAACUCCUGUCGUGAUCAAAUUCUUGAAAUUGCCUCCUUCCUUCAUAGGAGACAGGAAGCGCUGACAGGGAAGACUGCAGUAAAGUACAUCCACUUCAAAAUAGCAUUAAUGCACCUUCUGCUGGCCAAAAAAAUAUCGCAGUGGCAACCAAACUUUGCUACCUGCAGGCUACAAGACCUGCUGAGCUUUGUGGAGGAAUGUCUUAAGAGGAAGCACCUGGCCCACAUUCUCAUUGGCAACCCUUUGGCUGAGGUUACUGGACUGCCUAAAGAAAUCUGCAGAGCAAAGCCAGUGAACCUGUUUCAUGUCUUUGUGGAAGAUGACUGUGCAUACAAGAAUGGUGUCCUGCAUUUCCAAGAGAUGUUUCAAAAUGCCCACAUGUUGAUACAUGAAUAUGUUGCUCAACCUCAGGCUGGCACAAAAUCCUUUGCUUAAAACUGUGUACAGUUAGACAAAUAAUUUUUCAAAUAAUCAUAUACAGUAUGUGCAGGUGCAUCUUAAUUACAGGGUGACAAGAAGGGAGCCUAACCAGAGGGAAACUUGCUAUGUUGACUUUGGACUUGAUCGUACUCAGUGGACUUGCACCUGCAGACACAGCUCCUUGAAUCAACACAGGUUUCUGUUGUCCCCGUUUUUUGUACGGUGACUUUUUUUUCUUCCUCUCAACUCUUCAUUUACAUGCUUGCUUACAGGACUCUGAACAAUGAGGUUCUUUAGCUGUUACUUUUCGUAACUUACUGGCCUUGUGGAGAGUCCAGUCAUCUGUCUGCUGGAUUACUGUCAACUCAGUCUUCCCCGUGAUUGUGCAGAGUAGAGCAACAUUUCACAAUUGGAACAUUUAAUGCAUUAGGUAAUUUCCUGACCAACUGAAUUUUGCAUUUCCACCUUCUGUAAGCCUUAAUCCUCUAAAUUAACAGAGGAUAAAGGCCUUGAAAUACAUCAGUCUUAUCCACAUUUGAACCAAAUUAUUAAAAUAAAAAUGUUUAGUUGGUGAUCUAA